AGCGGAGCGGGAGGAGCGGGAGCGGCGCUCAGGAUGGCUGCAGCUCCUCCAAGCUACUGUUUUGUAGCCUUCCCCCCCUGUUCUAAAGAUGGGCUGGUGGUAUUUGGAAAGAACUCUGCACGGCCCAGGGAUGAAGUGCAGGAGGUGGUCUACUUUGCUGCUGCAGAGCAUGAACCAGGAAGCAAGGUUGAGUGCACGUACAUCGAGAUCGAGCAGGUGCCCAAGACUCACGCUGUGGUGCUGAGCAGGCCCUCCUGGCUUUGGGGAGCAGAAAUGGGAGCUAAUGAGCAUGGAGUGUGUGUAGCUAACGAAGCUGUCGUGACCAGAGAACCAGCUUCUGAGUCUGAAGCCCUGCUAGGCAUGGAUCUUGUCAGACUUGGCCUAGAAAGGGGUGCAACAGCUAAAGAAGCAUUGGAUGUAAUAGUUGCUCUGUUGGAAGAACAUGGACAAGGUGGAAAUUACUAUGAAGAUGGGAGUUCAUGCCAUACUUUCCAAAGUGCAUUUUUGAUUGUGGACAGAAAUGAAGCCUGGAUACUGGAGACUUCUGGAAAGUAUUGGGCAGCUGAAAAAAUCACAGAGGGAGUGAAAUGCAUUUGCAAUCAGCUUUCAUUAACGACAAAAAUAGAUGCUGAGCAUCCUGAACUAAGGAAUUAUGUGAAAAGUCAAGGCUGGUGGAAUGGAGAAUCAGACUUCAAUUUUUCUGAAGUGUUUUCUCUUGCUGAUGACCAUUUAGCCUGUUGUUCUGGCAGGGAGAGCCUAGAAAAGCAAGGUGGUGACGUUUCUGCACAAGCCAUGAUUGAUGUCCUGCGUGACAAGGACAGUGGUGUCUGUGUGGACUCUGAAUCUUUCCUUACUACAGCUAGCAUAGUGUCUGUUCUGCCUCAGGACCCUAGUUUUCCCUGUAUUCACUACUUCACUGGCACGCCAGACCCUUCAAGGUCCAUAUUUAAACCCUUUAUUUUUGUUGACGAUGUAAAAUUAGUACCAAAAGUGCAGUCUCCUUCUUUUGGCAAUGAUGAUCCUGCUAAAAAGAUACCUCGAUUCCAGGAGAAACCAGAUCGUAGGCAUGAAUUGUACAAGGCACAUGAAUGGGCCCGAUCUCUCCUGGAGAGCGAUCAGGAUAAAGGCCAGAAACUGAUGAGGAUUAUGUUAGACCUUGAAAAACAAGGUUUAGAAGCAAUGGAAGAUAUCCUUUCUCGUACAGAGAUUCUGGAUCCAGCUGAAGUAGUGGAUCUUUUCUAUGACUGUGUUGACACAGAACUAAAGUUCUUCAAAUAAACUACAGUGGCUAUUGUUAGCCUUUUCACUGGAAGACUGCAAUGUUCUUCAAGCCUUGAAAGAAAGUCUUCACACUUGUGAUUUUGCAGGAAAAAACAUUUCUAGAGGAAAAAAAUGUUACUUGCUAGCUGUAUCUGGUUAACAAAUUGCUUUCCUUUGUCCAAUCGUGUGGUGUUCCUGUUUGUGUAUGUAUAUAGUGAAAGGAGAAAGUCACUGACUGGUCCAAUUACUGUG